CUUAUACAUUGAAAUGGAUAAAAAGUGGACCCCCAUUGAAGACCAGAAGUUAUUCCAACAUAUCAUACUUAAUGGCGGCAAGAACUGGAAGAAAAUCUCACAAGGCGUUGGCGACAAAACAGAGAAUGAGUGUCGUAAGAGAUGGAGUAUACUCUCUACCAUUGUGAAGGAAGAGAAGAAUGAUAACACCUGGAACCGGAAAGACGACCAAACUCUUUCGAAAGCUAUUGCUCAAGUCUCAAAUGAUCAUUUUUCUGUGAUAUGAAAGUGUUUCAAAGAGAAAAAUCAAGAGCUUGUAAGACAGAAAAUGAACCAUUACUUAUUUACAGUCACUGAGCUGAUGAAAGUAUUUGCCUGAGUAAGAGAUUAUGAUUCAUUGAAAGUUCCUCAGAUCAAAAAGGAGAUAAAGACUGCAGAUGGAAAAAAGAGUACAAUGAAAUAUCGAUCAGCUUCAGUUCCCUUGCUUGAUAAAUCUGAGAACAAGGAUUCAAACUCACCCUUCAAAAUCCUCAAAGAUAGGAGUAUUAAGUUAAACAUGCAGCAGUUCUUUGAUCUCAUUAUGCAACAGAAGAAUAUUCCUCUAUGGUCGACAGAAGAGUAUUAUACUAUUCUUGAGGCCUAUGAAAAGGAGAAAGGAAACUGGAAGAAAAUCUGAGCAAUCUUUGUAAGAUAUCCCUAUAAAGAUGUCAAAAACCACUUCUAUACUCUACUCAAAUGGGCUGCCUAUGAAUACAGAUAUAUCCUUGAUCACCAAAUGAAGAAAUUUGGUCAACCAGAUGGAAAAGUUGAACUUGAGGCAGAUGUAAAACCUUUUUAUAUUAUCAAUCCAGGCACAUCUUCAAACCCAAAGAUGCUCAAAUUUAUACCAAUAGCAAAGAGCUUAAUUACUGUUCUAGCUCUUGCAGAGGGCAAAGAUCCUCUAACAGUGAGCUUACCUGAUAAUCCAUUGCAGCAUCACAUUUCUCAGAUAAAGAACACCGUACCAUUUUUCUGAAUUUCCUCAAAAGAAAAGAUUUAAGAAAGAAGAAAGCAAAUGCUUAGAGACCAAACAAGAGCAACCAGAGAACUCUAAUUCCAACGAUCUUAGCAAUGUUCAUCUCGACGGGAUUGAAAGUCAUAAUCUCACAGACCAUUCAAAAGAUGUCAUCAAGAUGAAGAAAAGAUGCAGAAAAGCAGCUAAAGCCAUCACUUCCAUAGUAAACAAAGCAGAAAAAGCCUUAGCCACCAAAAACAGCCCAAAAAAACCCAAAUCUUCAAUCACCCCCUCUAAUCCAAAACCCUCUACCAAAGAGGACCAAGAGAUGACCGACGAAACCCAAACCCUACCUCCAAAACCCCCUUCCCAGACCCCCCAACUUCAAAAUCGUCAAAAAUCCGCACUCCCUCCUUCAACCCCUCCUAAAAAACCCCUCUCAAAGCACAUUUCCCCCGAAGACUUACCAAUCCUCUAAUUCUAUAACCCCUUAUUCCUCUUAACUCUCUUCCUAAUCCCCUAA